AGCCCGAUGGGGACGCGCAGGCCGCGUUCGGCGGUUGACCCGCGGAGCGCGGAGCGGAGCCGAGGUGCCUGAAGCGCUCCCCGGCCGGGCCGGGCCGGGCCGGGCCCGCAGUGCUGCGCGGCCUCUCCGCGCCGCUCGGGAAUGAGUGGAGCCGCAUUCCCGUCUCCAGCUGCCGAGAUGGCAGAAAUGAACCGCCUUCAGUAUGAGAUGGAAUACACAGAAGGGAUCAGUCAGCGCAUGAGGGUCCCCGAAAAACUCAAAGUAGCUCCUCAAAAUGCUGACCUUGAAAAGGACAUCCCAGAAGGAUUUCCAAAUGCCAGUGUAACUAUGCAGGUUCCAGAGCGGAUUGUAGUGGCAGGUAAUAGUGAAGACAUUCCAUUUUCCAGACCAGCAGACCUUGACAUUCUUCAAUCUACUCCAUUCAAACCACUGGCACUGAAAACUCCUCCCCGUGUUAUUUCUCUUAGUGAUCGACCGCUAGAUUUUUUGGACCUAGAAAAACCUCCACAGCAGACACCUCAAAGUGAAGAGGUCCGCUCAGUGGGAAGACUGAAGAGAGAACGUUCCAUGAGCGAAAACGCCACGCGGCAGAACGGCCAACUGGCCCGGAAUGACUCCAUGUGGCACAGAUCAGAUACUGUCCCAAGAAAUAAAAUGCCACGGUUCCAGUCACCUCUUUCAACUAAGGAUUGCACUGUGACACCAUCACUGCAACAGGCUCGUGUCUGUCCUCCCAAUAUGUUACCUGAAGACGGAAUUAAUCUUUACUCUGCUCGUGGCAUUUUGUCGUUUAUCCAGUCUUCCACUCGUAGGGCUUACCAGCAGGUCUUGGAUGUGCUGGAUGAAAACCGCAGCUUGGACAAGGACAAUAGGCCAGUGUUACGUGGUGGGUCAGCUGCUACCACUUCCUCUAACCCUCAUCAUGACAACACCAGAUAUGGUCUCACCAACUUCGACACGACACUCGAGGGAACACCAGAUGACAUGACAGUUGUAGAUGCUGCUUCUUUAAGAAGACAGAUAAUCAAACUUAAUCGCCGUCUACAACUUCUGGAAGAGGAGAACAAAGAGCGAGCCAAGAGGGAAAUGAUCAUGUACUCAAUUACUGUAGCUUUCUGGCUACUCAAUAGCUGGCUUUGGUUUCGGCGCUAGACAUGGCUCUUGGAAAGAUUUCGUAGUUGAAAACACAAACAAUUUGCAAAACUCCUUGUUUCUGUUUCUGAAAUUGUAUGCUGUUUUAUAAUUCAUACACUGGAAACUUCCACCACAGAUAAAGGCUCUAGAAUUGCAGUGUUAAAGGGACACCUUGUUGUUCAGUUGUAACGUAUUUAAUAGAUUUGCAUUGCAAAUACUGCAGUAUCCUCCUUUGCAUGCUUCUGUGUAAACAUGGAUCAGCCCAUGGGAAGUUUGCUUCAUGCAGUGUAAGGACUCCUAAGUAACCUCCAGGACUAACCACUGGAGGUUUUGUUGUGGCGGGAAGAGAACAAAUAGAAUGGGUUUGGAAAAAAAAUACAAAAACAAAGAAAUGCAAAGUCAUUUUUAUUGUUCUGUUGUUAGAUGCAAUUAAACAAUUGCACUAGUUUUCCUUUAGUCCAAGUAGUUUGAGGUGUGCCAUAAUCAAGGAGUGUGUCCUGUUUAUGAGUAUGUUCCUUGUUUAAGUACUUGUUUGGGUCGAAUAAUAAAAGGAAUUCUUUGCUAACAUGCAGAUUGUCCAGAGGUGUGUAAUAUGUACUUUUUUUAGGUUUAAUUUUGCAGAUGUUUUUCUAAAAAAUACAUUUUUAAGCAAGUCAGUCUGUGAGUGGUCAAAAGAUUAUGGAGUACAAGAUAUUGAUGUAGUAUAUUUAAUAAAACUC